AUGGUGGUGGUCUGGCUGACACCCUGGGUCUCGCCUCUCGUCUAUAGUGCCUACUUGUAUGGUCGUUCCGUUCCCGCCAACCAUGUCGUCGCGCAACGUCCGAAACCAGUUACCGGUUGCCGGAAAUCUAUCACCCAGCCCCCCAAAGAAUCUGCAACGACACCAAAAGGUUUGGGCGAAAAGAUGAAUUGCUCAAGUUUCCGCCGAUGGCUUCAUUCACAUUGGUCUUUACCCCGCUUCUUCAUCAAAGCACUCAAUUCCUUCAAUGGCUUUCGGCUCAUGUGCAUCAUGUAUAGGCAACGCCAGGGCCAUUCGAACGUGCGUAUGGCAGGGGGAGGGAGCAGCGCGGUAAAUCGCAGUACGAUUCUCUUUUUCCUAUCCCUCCCCCCACCAUGGCAACUGCUCUCGGAUCACAUUGCCCACGCACUGGCGGUUCGCGCUUUGCAUAUCGGGAGAGCAUGGUGCGGGCGCCCAUCAGAAAGUUUCCGGAAGGUGAUAUGA